AUGGCCACCGCCACCGCCUCCGGCCUCGCCGUCCUCGCGCCGCGGCCGUUGCUCCCCGCGCCGGGACGCCGGCGACAAGCCCCUGCUCUCGGUUGCGGUCCUUCCCGUCCGCGCGGUCUCUACUCCGCGCCCCGCGGCCGCGUCCUCUGCCUCGCGGCCCCCGCGCCUGCUGCUCCUUCCACCACCGACGCCGGCCAGGACCGCCUCCAGAAGGUGCCCAUUUCGAAUAUCAGGAACUUCUGCAUCAUCGCGCACAUCGACCACGGCAAGUCCACGCUGGCAGAUAAGUUGCUAGAGCUUACCGGCACGGUGCAGAAGAGGGAGAUGAAGGAGCAGUUUCUGGAUAAUAUGGACCUGGAGAGGGAGAGAGGGAUCACUAUCAAAUUGCAGGCGGCUCGGAUGCGCUACGUCAUGAAUAAUGAGCCUUAUUGCCUGAAUUUAAUUGAUACACCAGGGCAUGUCGAUUUCUCAUAUGAGGUUUCCCGCUCUCUUGCUGCCUGUGAGGGCGCACUUCUUGUUGUUGACGCUUCUCAGGGUGUUGAAGCUCAGACGUUAGCGAAUGUAUAUCUUGCAUUGGAAAACAACCUCGAAAUCAUACCGGUUCUAAAUAAAAUAGAUCUUCCUGGUGCUGAACCUGACCGUGUCGCACAGGAAAUUGAAGAGAUAAUUGGAUUGGACUGCCGUGAUGCAGUUCGGUGUUCAGCAAAGGAAGGCAUAGGCAUCACUGAAAUACUAGAUGCCCUUGUGACCAAAAUCCCCCCACCGAAAGAUACGGCAAAAGAUCCUCUCAGGGCUCUUAUAUUUGACAGCUAUUACGAUCCAUACAGAGGUGUAAUUGUGUACUUCCGUGUUAUUGACGGCAGUAUAAAGAAAGGGGACAAGAUAUGUUUUAUGGCCAAUGGAAAGGAAUAUGUUGCUGAUGAAAUUGGUGUACUAUCCCCAAAUCAGAUGCAAGUUGACGAACUAUAUGCUGGCGAGGUCGGUUAUCUCUCUGCUUCUAUAAGAUCAGUAGCAGAUGCCAGGGUUGGUGAUACGAUUACUCAUUAUUCAAAAAAAGCAGAUCAUGCUUUGCCAGGAUAUUCUCAAGCCACUCCGAUGGUUUUUUGUGGCUUGUUCCCUAUAGAUGCUGAUCAGUUUGAGGAGUUGCGGGAAGCGCUGGAAAAACUUCAGCUAAAUGAUGCUGCCCUAAAGUUUGAACCGGAAUCUUCUAGUGCCAUGGGCUUUGGCUUCAGAUGUGGAUUCCUUGGUCUUCUCCAUAUGGAAAUUGUUCAGGAAAGGCUCGAGAGGGAGUACAACUUGAACUUAAUAAUUACUGCACCAAGUGUGGUAUACCGUGUGAACUGUGCUGAUGGUGAAACCGUUGAAUGUUCGAAUCCAUCCUUGCUUCCGGAGCCCGGGAAGCGGAGGUCUAUAGAAGAACCAUAUGUGAAGAUUGAAAUGCUUACACCGAAGGAUUAUAUUGGUUCAAUAAUGGAGCUGGCUCAAGAUAGAAGAGGUGAAUUCAAGGAAAUGAACUUCAUCACAGAAAGCAGGGCCAAACUUAUUUAUGAGCUACCACUAGCAGAGAUGGUUGGAGAUUUCUUUGAUCAACUGAAAUCACGAAGUAAAGGAUAUGCUAGCAUGGAAUAUUCACUUAUCGGGUACAGAGAAAGUCAACUAGUAAAGCUAGAUAUACAAAUCAACGGGGAUCCUGUCGAGGCGUUGUCAACAAUUGUACACAGAGAUAAGGCAUAUGCUGUUGGCAGGGCACUUACUCACAAACUCAAGGAACUGAUACCUCGGCAAAUGUUUAGAGUUCCUAUUCAAGCAUGUAUUGGCACAAAGGUCAUUGCGAGCGAAGCCCUGUCUGCCAUCAGGAAGGAUGUCCUAUCAAAAUGCUAUGGUGGUGAUAUAACAAGGAAAAAGAAGUUGCUGAAGAAACAGGCUGAAGGAAAGAAAAGGAUGAAGGCAAUAGGAAGGGUUGAUGUUCCUCAAGAAGCAUUCAUGGCCGUGUUGAAACUGGAAAAGGAGGUGCUAUGA